ACACCACUCACUUCCCGCAAAGCACAACACACAACACACACACUCCUACACCAUGGCUACCCGGAAGAAGGUUCUCCUCAAGGUAUGGAAGCUUGGACUCGGCGCACGAAUUGCAAACUGACUCCAUCAGGUCAUCAUCCUCGGCGACAGCGGGGUAGGCAAGACCAGCUUGAUGAACCAAUACGUCAACAAGAAGUUCAGCGCAAGCUACAAAGCCACCAUCGGCGCCGAUUUUCUCACCAAAGAAGUCUUGGUAGACGACCGACUCGUGACGAUGCAGCUGUGGGAUACCGCCGGCCAGGAACGAUUUCAGUCACUCGGGGUCGCUUUUUACCGAGGUGCCGACUGCUGUGUGCUGGUAUACGACGUGAACAACUCCAAGAGCUUCGAUACGCUGGACAGCUGGCGCGACGAGUUUCUGGUCCAAGCUAGUCCCAUGGACCCCGAGAACUUCCCAUUCGUUGUGAUCGGCAACAAGAUCGAUGUGGAAGAUAGCAAGAGAAUGAUUUCCCAGAAACGCGCAAUGACAUACUGCCAAUCGAAAGGCGGGAUCCCGUACUUUGAGACGAGUGCAAAGGAAGCUGUCAACGUCGAGCAAGCCUUUGAAGUGAUUGCACGUCAAGCGCUGGCGCAGGAAGAAGUGGGUGAUUUCAACUCGGACUUCCCCGAGACGAUCCCCAUAGACUUCAAUAAACCCGACAACGGCUGCGCUUGCUAA